AUGAAUCAGCAGUUGCUCGAUCAGUUAGCCACUUCAACUCAACUACAGUUAUCCACAACAAAUUUGAUUGAUAAGCUGUCUUUCACAAUCGAAAAAUUACACUCAGCACUUGAAAAUCAACCGAAAUUCGACGUUCAUCAUCAACAGCAACUUAUCAAUACUCCAUUACCGGCACCUCCGUUAUUACAAAAUAAUUUUGAAUCACAAUUAUGUAUAACCAGAUCUCGUCUACGACAAUCUCAAUCUCAAUCAUCUAUUCCUGUUACUAUCACUGGAUCUAGUGUCGUUAUAGAUUUAGAACCUGGAAAAUUAUCGGCGGGUGAUAAACAAUUUGAUAUAAAAAUUCAUACUAAACCUGGAGCUACAAUAAAACAACUGAUAAAUCUUGUGAACAAUAAUAGAAUUGGUCAACAUUUUAACAACUCAUCUCGUGCUAUUAUUUCAAUUUGCUCAAUCGACAUGAAACAAACAGAUUCAAAAGCGGCAAUUGAUGGAAUUAACCAAUUAGUUCUAGCAAUAAGGCGUAAACAUCAACAUAUUAAGCCUGCAUUUGUGACGAUUCCACUGCAAUUUGAACCACAGUUAAAACCAUCCCUACAACAGCAGCUUAAUCAUGAUAUAGAAGACUUUAAUCGUUAG